AAAUUGACAACCCUGCAUUGUUGACGAAUUCGAAUUUGACAGUUGAAAAACAAAAAUCGUCAGCUACGAAUUGACGAAUAAAAAUAAUAACCUGGUUGAGAUAAUAUCGAAGUAAACAGACCGGCAAAUCUACAGUUAUUAAUUUAUAGAAACUCCAUUGAAAUCAUCAGUUUGCGUUACAACCUGAAAACGUAAGUUUAGCGUACGAUGGCGUGUUUUUUCAAUAAAGCUCUUUCAAGGGAAUCCUUGAGAAAUAUUUUACAUGAUUUUGAAAUAAUUCCAGAACAACACAGAUUGAAGUUAUGGACAAUUAUAUUGAACCUGCCAAACAACAAGGCUCAGUACAUGUGUUUGAGAGAAACAAAGAAAAAAUUACCCAGCAAUAUUGUGCUACAGGAAGAAGAUGGACUUGGAAGCAAUACGAAAGUUUGCAAUCGAGUCAUUCAAAGCCUGCUUGCACAUUGUCCAUCACUAGAACAAUUCCGUCAUUUUAACUUGGCUGAUUACGUGAAACCUUUUGCUGGACUUCUAGCAUCACAUGAGUUGAUAUAUUUUGAGAUCAUGCUAUCUAUUUUUAUGAAUUGGUGCCAACACUGGUUUGAUCAUAUUCCUUUGCCUCCAUACACACUCUUAUCUAUGCUGGAUAUUAUAAUGCUGAAAAAUCAUCCUGAUCUGUACAGACACCUUGCAAACUUGGGAAUAAGAGCUAUUGAUUAUGCUUGGAGAUGGAUGAGAACCUCUUUUCAUACAAUAGUUGAUCCUCGGGAAUUCCUUACAUUAUGGGAUCAUAUAUUGGUCAAUGAACCCAAUUUUCUGUAUUUUAUUCCACUGGCAGCUUGCAAACUCCAAGGUCGAUACCUGAUUGAGCUUUCGACACACGGUGAAAUAAUGGAAGUGCUUCACAGUGCCACACCCCUUGAUGCACAAUCUUUGUUAAAAGAGGCUUAUCAAAUGAAUGCUGCAACACCCAAGGAAUUGCAACUCAAUCAAAUGCAUCCUUUCCACCCAUUGGUUCCUGGUUAUUACCCAACAUUAAAUCCCACUGAAUUGAUUACUUUUCAAGAUCACCCUUUUCAAACAGAGAAGAGUGAUCUAAGCAAUCUCAGCAGACUUCUUGCCAAAGUUGAAGAAACUGGAGCUGAAGUAGAUGAAGUCAUAAAAGAAGGAAUGGCAUUAAGGCGUUGGAUGAUUGGCAAAUAGGCAGCUGGAAUCAGAGGCACACAGCGAAAUGUAAUCAAAUUUAAGUUUUUCCAUCUUAUUGUAAUUGCUUGCAAGAAACUGAAAGAAAAUUUGUGUGAAAUAG